AUGACGAUGUCGAAUGAAGUCCAACUAUUGAAGAAUAUAACCACGGAAGUUGAUGAAUCGAAGUUGAGAAUAUUUUUCUCCAUUCAAUGCACUAAAGCACAAGCAUCCUUGUUGGAUAGAUUGAAAAAGAAAAUAAAAGAGAGUAAAGAUAUUCUUAACUUUAUCACUAAUGGAAAUACAAAACUAGAAGUUGAAAUAAAGUUAGCUGAGCAAGAAUUAAACAAUUUAAUAAUUGCCCAUAAUACUAUAAAUUCUGGAAAUAUAGAAAUAAGAAAGGAAUUGUUACUAAAACUUGAUGAAAAUGUGGAAUUUUCCAAAAGAAUAGAAGCUGGAGAAAAAAAAUAUGAACAACUUUGGUUGUCUAGUAAAAGUAGAUUUGAUAACAUUCCUUUGGUUCAACAAUGUCUAGAAGGGAAGAAUAGGAUUCAGAUAAUCGAAAAUAAUAUAAGCAAUCUACGCAAUAAAUGUGUAGACCUGUUGGAUGAAAUAAAAAUGAAGAAGCGUGCUGCACAAGAUCUAACUCAAAAAUAUGUGAUUGACCUUGCCAAAUACUUUAUAAAUGAUAGACCGAAAGUAAUAAAAAUUAUACAAGAUAGGACUAACGAAAUUCAGGACUUGACUAUAAAAAUAGAAAAAUUACAACAACCCACGAUGGAUAGACGAUAUUCUAAAGCAAAAAUCAUAGAACUGAAGGAAGAUUCACAUCCAGGGAUAGAAAAGCCGAAAAAUUUUGUAUUUGAGCAUAAUGAGAAUGAUGCAAUUGUAAUGCCGAAACUACAACUCAUGGACGUUGACUUAGAUAUACUAAGCGUUAAAUUAGAUCAGGCGAUAUCACUCUUAAAAGAAGUCAAACUUUAA